GUGCUUUCUCGGCAAAUGUCACAUGACAGUACGACACAGAAACAUCCGUCAUUCGUCCACAGUCAUCACCACACACAACACAACCAGCACACUCGUCGUCACCUCACCCCUUCUCCGACCCCUUCUUGGCUUUCUUCUUGCCAUCCCCCUCCAGCCCAGCCUCAGCGUCCACCUGCUGCUGCGCGGGGGGCAGCUCCUCCAGCUGAUCUAUGUCCACCACCACGUGGCCGUUGACGCUCGCGCGCUUGCUGGCCGUGGGAGAGAGCGACUGCGACUGUCCGGGCUUGUUCCUGGGCGGGGGGACUUUGGGGGCGAAUGCGGGCGGGAAUGGUGGCGAGAGUGAGCGCUUGAUGGGGGCCUGGAUGGGGGAGUCCUUAAGGCGGAGGAUGGGCGACAUGGCGGAGAUGCCCUUGCCGGCCGCCUGGGCCUUCUUGAUGCUGCCCUUGAACUUCCAGAUGCCGCGGUCGUUCUCGGCGAACUCCCUGUGAGUGGAUGACAGACAUGGUGGGUGCCCGGUUGUGCGUGUGUGUGAGUGUGCUUGCGAGUAGAUGUACCUGAGCAGGCUUCUGAACGUGAAGUCCGCCAGCUCGAACUUGCGAUUCAUCAGUGUCUGGAACUCCUGCGAACACAACGAACAAUGGCACACACACUUGUGAUAUAAGGCACCGACUUUCUGUGGUGUGUUGUGUGCUGUAGGCACCUGUGUGACUUCGCUCUUGGUGAUGUGGUCCUGCCGCCUGAAGAGCGAUAUCAGCACGUCCCGGUAGGGAUCCACCUGCGGGUCCUUGCGAGACUGCAGAGCCCAUAUACCCCUGCACACACACACACACACACACACACAUUCACAGAGAGAGAGGGAGAGAGAGUGCCUUCUGUCGUGGUGUCGCCCCUACUUGAGCUCAAUGGCGAUGGCCGGGAGGACUUCCUGAAUGUCGGCAUCCGUUGUGACGGUGCCCUUGGCGUCGUGCUUGGCGUGCACGGCGGCCUUGAUCUCCGCCAAGGCCUGGGCCCCGCCGUCGCGGAGGAUGGUCUCGACUGUCUGUUGGAGGUGGACCUUGCUGCGGCGGUGGUGAGUGGCGUCACGCUGUCGCUGCUUCUUCUGGAUCUCCUCCACCAGCUUCUGGCGACCCUCAUUCCAGCGCUUGUCGAACCGAUCACACACAUCGGGGAACGCCUGAGAGACAGACAGACAGACAGACAGAGAGGUGUGCAGGGCAGGGCAGGGGGGAGAGGGAGGGUGUUGGUGUUGGUGUGUGUGCGGGUGUGUGUGUACCUGUUUGAAUGCGUCGUCAGGUGGGAGUUUGAACUGCCAGUGCUGCAUGCGGAACUCACCCACGGCGGAUAGCAUCUCCGACACCCUCUCGGAAUCCAUUUUCACCGCCUCCUGAAACUUGCCACGCUGCACACACACCACACACACACACCACACACCACAACACAAUGCCCUUUCUCUCGGCUCAUCGAAUGCAGUCAUGCUCGCUGACUGACCUGCACACCGGCGCCCCCCUGUCUGAGCAGCGUGAGCAGCAGGUCACGGCAGAGUGCCUCGUAGGGGUCUCUGCAGACGAGGGUCGACUUGGCGACCCAGUUGCCCAUGACGACUGUGCCGAACUCCUCAAGGAACGACAGCAGCUGCGGGUCGUCGACCGAGCGGGUCAGCAGCUGCUUCAUGCGCGCAAACGUCACUACCUGCAGGUGCGUCAAGACCUUCUGAACCUGACAUCCAUCCCAUACACACACAAAGAGACGAUGUGGCGCGUGAUGCCGAAUGCUGUGUAAGGGGCGGGGCAGACACGCACCUGUUGGUCGAUUGUGAGUCGGGAGAGGGACAGGAAAGAGAUCGGUCCUGACGCAGCAUCGGCCUGCCCAGCAGCAGCAGCAGAGGUGCCGCCAGGCGCCCCUCCCUCGCCACACGCACAUAGAGCGUUGAGGUAGGGUUCGACAGCCGGCAGGAAGGCCACCUCUGGCGGCGGCUUCAAGUCGGUAUCCUCGUCCUCCAGCUGCUCGUCGCCAUCGCUCAGCGUCAGAUCUUCCUCAACGUACUCAACCUCCACCAUCGACACGUCACGCGACCCCCUCCUGCUCUUGCCGCCGGGGGGCUUCUUCUGCUGCUUCUUCGGCGGCUCCUGCUGGUGCUGGUGCUGCCGCAGACCGCGCAUCAGCAGCUGUCUGUGGUAGGCCUGCCCGUCAUCAGCCAGCUUACAGAGGUUGUCGAACAUCUCGGCGCACUCGCCCGUGUCGCAGUCGUAGAAGUAGAUGUCCUGCCAGGGCUCGGCCUCCUCCAUCUCGCGCUGACGCGCCUGGGACAGCGCCAAGGCCUGCUGCUCACUGACGCUCUCGCGACGCCGAUACGACACCGACACUAAUGGCUUCUCCUCCUUCUCCUCCUUGACGUCUGAAGCUUCAGCCUUGGCGCCCCCAGAGGCAGAAGCAGCUGCUGCUGCCGCGCCAGCCCCCUCCUCUUGCUUGACCCUCUUCUUUCUGCUGCUGCCGGCGGUCUCCUCAGGCUGCGGCUCCUGCGCCUCGUCCGGCAGAAUGGCGUCCUCAGCCGCCUUGUCGACGUGGGCAAAUGAGGGCCGGAACUGGCAGACCGCACUGAGAGGCGACACGGUGAGGGAGCCGCCCCGGAGGAUGCCGAUGGCGUAUGAGCUGUCGGUGGAGGAGCUGCCUGGUUUGGACACCAGGUGGUGCCUGGCGACAGCGUGGAUGGGGUUGUCCUUGUCGUAAUUGUCGGACUCGGUGUUCAUCAGGUAGGACAGCCGGAGGCGGCGCUGCGUCUUCUUGAUGUCGACAGUGGCCAGCUGCCCCUGGUCGCCAUAGGGGCGGUAGACGGGCCGCAAUGGGUACUGCAGCAGGUACAGCUCAGCGUCGGGGAGGCGGUUGAUGUAGACGUCGAUUUCUCGCACGAUUUCGUCGUCGGCUGACUCAUCGACGUCCUGCUGAUCCACAUCCAUGGGAGCGGCCGACGGCGAGUCUUCCUCCGCCAUGGCUGGGUUGUCCUCGAUGCUCUGGUGGUGAGCAGCUUGUCGUUGUUGCCGAAAGCUGCGUCUACAGAUCCACAUCCGACAUCGCAGUGAGCAUGGGUGUGUGAAUCAUUUCGAGCUGAAUGGACUCGGCUUUCUCACCUUGUUCGGGAUAAGAUCUCUUCCAAAUGAAUGAUGAGCACUCGCCUUUGCUCCUCCCGCAGCAGCGGUCGCGCAGCAGUUUCAGGGAGCACCCUAGGCCGCAAAAGGCGAGCUCGCCUCCCCCAGCUGCCCAGAUCUGCCUUUCUUGUGCUCUUUUCCCUUGGCGGCUGCGUCAGCAU